AUGGAGAACAACCAUUUCCCCUUGUCCGAGGACCAGGUGCAGUUCUUCCAGGAAAAGGGAUAUCUCCUUAUCCGGAACUUCCUGAACGAUGUCGAGACGGAGCGUCUUCGGCAAUGGACUCAGGAAGUACAUGAUUUGCCUCGAACACCUGAUGCAUCGUACAUGCCCUACGAGGAAGUAAAUUCCCAAGGCCAGAGAGUUCUCUGUCGCACCGAGAACUACGCCAACAGCCAUGCGGGCUUUGACAGCUUCCUCCGUGGUCAGCGAGUUUUGAGCGUACUGGGACAGCUCGCCGCAGAGGAUAUGCUUCUCUUCAAGGAGAAAAUUAAUUACAAACUUGCGGGUGGCGGCGGGUUCUCCCCACACAUCGACGCCAACGCAUACACCCACGUCAAAAACAUCAAGCACCUGACCGUUCUCGCGGCCGUCGAUGAAAUGAACUCGCAAAACGGCGGCCUCGACGUCGUCGACGGAAGCCAUCUCAUGCCCAUUCCCCUAGGCAAUGAUCGCUGCAUCGAUCCCACGUGGAUCGACAGCCACAAAUGGAGUGCGUGCGACUUGCAACCAGGCGACAUCCUAGUAUUCGGAUCCUAUCUUGCGCAUCGCAGCGGAGCCAACAUCAGCUCCAAGGAUCGGCGGGCCAUCUAUGCCACUUAUAAUUGUAAAGCCGAGGGAGAUCUUCAUGAUCAAUAUUAUGAAGAUCGAAGAAAGCUCUGGCCUGCCACACAUAUGCGAAAAGACGGGGAGGCGUAUGAGGAAGGGAGAUUGAGAUACGGAUAUGGUUCUCCGAUGCUUACUAUUGAAGGGAAGGCGCAGGCAGCUGCGUAG